CGAAACAUUCUCUCAGGAUGAGGUCUUUCGCGGUGUUAGCUGCUCUCCUCCACGUAGCGUUGGCCUCCGGCCACGUAGCUGUGCGUCUUCCUUAUCUGAAUCCCGCGGGGGUGACCUACGUAGCGAACGAGCACGGUCACGGCGCCCCUCUGGUCGGAGCGCCUGGUCCGAAUCUGGAGUACCAAUCUUCGGGUCUCCAGUACGCCCAGCACCAUCAGGCUCUGGAAUACGCCCAACAGCAGGAAUCGGGGCUCCACUACGCUCCUCAGCAGCCCCAUCAUCAUCAUCAUCACGAACUCCAGUACGCGGCCCACGCACCGGCCCAAAUCGAAGCUCAUCACGUCGGUUACGCGACCGCCCAGUUGCCCGCCGUCGCCGCGGUUCCCGUUGUGAAACACGUGCCGGCGGUCGCCGACGUCCCCGUCACUCACAUCGAGGCCCAACACGGCUUCAUCGAGAAACAGGUGGACGUCGCCAAGCCGGCGGUAGCGACCAGGAAGUUCCAGGUUCGUCGUCCGGCGAUCCAGAAGCACUUUUACGACAUCGAGGAACGAGUGAUCGUACGUCCGGCCGGUACAGCUCUGGUCGAGCUCGACGAGCCGAUUUCGAAGGUGCAGAAGGGACCGACGGUUGUCAAGUCCUUCGACGAAUCGCACCGCGAACAACAUCAUCAUUUGGAGAAUCACGGCGAAACGAUUCACGUGACACCGAGUCCGAUUUACGCCCAGGAAGAGCACCGCGAACACCUUCACGUGACUCCCGUGCCCGUGAUCGUCUCCUCGCCGACGCCCGUUCCGGUCGUCGUUUCCUCCACAUUCGCACCGCAUCAGGAAACCGCUGAUUCGGUAAUCGUGGAGAACCCUAACUUGAGAAACGCUAUCGACAAUUCCCUGAGACAGAAGGAGAGGCAGAUCGAGGACCUCCGUCAUCGGCAAGUCGUUCUUCAGGCCGAACUUCAGGCGGAACGUGCGGCUCAGGUCCACUCCGGUUACGCGGCUGGUCAUGGAAUAGUGACCCACUCCAACGGAGCCCCUCUUCAUCAGGAACAGCAUUCCGUUCGUUUGGCGGCCCACGAUCCGUCCCCGGCUGUGGUCGCGAGCGUGAAAUCCAGCUCGGAACAAGCUAAAUCCAACCAGCACAAACUCAUCAGUCUUUUGACGGCUCGUGGCGGAGUAGCCGAGGUCGGUUUCGGACGCGCAGGUCCGGCAUCGCACGUCGGAGACGCCGGUCAUGUCAGAGCCCGCGUACUGUCCGCCACUCCGGCUCCCGAGUACUCGGAGCCAACGGGAGAGCGAGUUUCCACGCGUCGCGUGGUGGUCAGUCGUCCGAUCGAGACCCUUCAGGAAUUCGACGUGGUCGAGCCGGCUACCAAGGUCGAAAGGGUGUCGUACCAGCAGCCGACUCUGAUAAAAACCGCGCGCACUCAUCGCGUCCAGGUGCCGACGUCGGUACCGGUUUACGGAAAAGCUCUGGCACCAGCGGUGGCGCACGCCGCGGUUCCCGUAUACCAGAAAACGAUCUCCCACGCACCUCAGUACGGAUAUUACCACUGAUUUUCGUACACCCGAGAUGAGACGGUGACCUUCGUUUUUGGAGGAAAAAAAAAAUCUCCGAUUUGCGAAAACAACCCCCGGACGAUCGAAUGUACAUAAAUGAAACUGUGUAACUUUUUAGUUUAUUAUUAAAAUAAAAAAAAAAAACUAAGGCUUA